UGACAGCUUGGUGUAUUGUCGGCAGGAAGACCUCUUUUCUUUUUGAGUUCGUMUAUUUUCCUGGAACUUUUAAGGCUUUUAAGAUUGUARACCCGUACGUAUUAUCAACUGCAGACAAUCAGUACAUUUCUCCUUCAUAGAACUGACUUAGAAGGCCGUGUUUAUGAGAAUAGCACUGAAGUAUAGUCAAAGAAAACAGCUAAAAUUCUUAAAMAUGUAUCAUAUGGGAUUCCAUCUUGAAGCUCAAAGACAACAAAGGACGAUUGACAAGAAGAAACAAGCUCUCGAAAAGAUUGCAACAAAACAAAAGGAUAAUAAUACCGAAAAGAGACAACAAACGUCUUCUGGGAAUAGACCAGACACGUGCUCAUCACGUCAUCAGUCACGUGAACAAACACAAAGCGGUACCAGGCCACCACAGUCAGCACCGGUGAUAGGACAGUAUCAGCGACUUGGUCAACCAGUAUUAGARCAGCGAGUAUUUUCAAGACCUGAUGAAUAUCAAAACAGAUGGCUUAAUAAACGAUUUCACAUACGACAUGAUCCGAAUCUUGUACCUUUGCCUUUACGAAAAGUAGAUGUUAUCCAUCAACAAAYCAUCUCGAGUUUGAAGCAUUUCAUAAUGGCUGGCUUUCCCUAUCAUAUGGAAGCGCUUAGAAAACAGAGAAUUAUCGAAAGGAAGCACGAUGCAUUAGAAAACUUAGAGAGAAAGCAGAAAGCUUUAGAGAAUACCAGAAAUCUCGAGUCACGAGGAGRCGAGCUCGAGUCUCGCGCGGGAACACGYGCGUCAGCAACCCGGCAGGGCCCUUGYCAAACAACCUCAAAAACCCUACGAUAUCGAUAUAUCAUACCACCAAAACCAGAACCUUUGCAUCAGUGGUUCGACUUACAGAACAAGCACAUACAUCACGAAGCAAGAGCGCUAGAUAGAAAUAACAGGAGAGAUACAAAGAAAGAGUUCUGGGAGAGAAAAUAAGAAAAAUGUCCUCAUUUCAAGUUGACAAGACCACACAGGAAAAGUCAACAAACUUGCAAUAAACAAAGAAAAUGAGAAACGUUUAUGMRGAGACUGAUAACUAAGACCUGGACACAAAGAACAACAAUGCAACAUUAAUCUUUUUUAUUUCUUUGUUAAAAAUAUGAAACUUAAUUUGAACAAUGCCACAUUUUAACUGAAUUAUCCAAGUAAAUUUUAUCGAUUAUUUGCUGGGAUACCCUGYGAACRGAGUGUUAUUUACCUUACCUCGGUAAAAAAUUCAUGAAGGAAUUUCUUUGCGAAGUUUUUUCUGAGGUAAGGUAAAUAACACUCUGUUGGCAGGGUAUUGUUGGGAAAGUUUACUGAAACAAAAAUAAAAUGUGUUGCUGGUUCAGUGUAUUUGAGAAGACAGAAGAAAUCCAUCUUUGUCAUCAAAUGUCAAAUUCAUAUUUUGGUCAAAUCAAUACACUUUGUUCUGUACAAGAUUAUCAAUUUCUGAAAUGCAAGGCAAGAAUUCUGGAUGUAAUAAAAUAUUGCAAAGAACAUCAUUCACUAUAUUUUGUGAGAGGUGACAUAGCCAGACUUCAYACGUAAAAGAUAAUACAUUAAAUAUUUUACAAGAAUGUAUUGACCACUUGCAUUUGAAGAAAGCUGACUGGACGUUGAAGUGACUUUUAUAUUUCAUGUACACUGAAUUUGAUCUAAGAAUGAACUUUGUAAAAGAUGUCUUUAUCUUCCACGUCCUGUAAUGAAAAUAWACUGAAUCAAUUUUUCA